CUGGACGGGGCUCCCCUGGGCCGCGGCGAGCAGCGGGUUGUGGGUGGGAAGAACCCCGCAUCUGCUCCGGCCCAAUGCCCGCGUGGGAGGGCGGAGUCUGCCCCGUGUUAAAGUUUCCACCUCACUCUCCCUUCUCUGGGCUCGGCUUUGGAGGGGCCUGAGCGGGUGCGUGGGAGGGGACGACAGACAGACGUGGGGACCCCUGCCGGAACUGGGGGCGUGUCUGAUCCUGACAUCUGAGCACGGAAGCUACAGUGAAGCCCCGCUCCGCCCGCGGGGUUAGCACCGGAGUAAGGUUUCAGGCAGGCAGGUGGCGCGGGGUUCAGGCUUCUAUCAUGGCGCUGACUCCAGGGCUCUCACGACCCCGGGUCCCACCCUCCACCGCUGUGAAGGGGCCACAACAUGACGCCACCCUGAGCUUCCCACACCCCUUUCCCUCUACAACACCUCUCUAGCCCCCCACGGGCAAUCCCCCAAGCCUGCUUACCCCUCCCCGGUGGGGGCGGGGCAGGGCGCUGCCUCCCUGCCCUUGGCUGAGCGCUCUCGCCCCCGGGGGAUUAGUGUCCAGGUUACCCACUCCCGGGGUGGCCUUGGCGCCCCCACAGCCUGCAGGUAUAAGGCCAGGGCCUCGGCCUAGGGGAAGAACCAGGAUGGCAGCACUUCAGGACCUGCUGCUCGGCCUGCUGCUGGCCAUAGGCACGGGUGGGGCGUGGGCCUCCCGAGGGCCACUGCGGCCACUGUGCCAGCCCGUCAAUGCCACACUGGCUGCUGAGAACGAGGCCUGCCCCUUCUGCAUCGCCUUCACCACCAGCAUCUGUGCUGGCUACUGCCCCAGCAUGGUGCGUGUGCUGUCAGCGACCCUGCCACCGGUGCCCCAGCCCGUGUGUACCUACCAGGAGCUGAACUUUGCCUCCAUCCAGCUCCCCGGCUGCCCACCUGGCGUGGACCCCACGUUCUCCUUCCCCGUGGCUCUGAGCUGCCGCUGUGGGCCCUGUCGCCUCAGCAGCUCAGACUGCGGGGGGCCCAGGGCCCACCCCUUGGCCUGUGAGCACCCCCUCCUCCCAGACCUCCUCCUCCUCUGAGGACUGCAUGUCCCCUCCCCAAGCCCCCAUGCCCACUCUGAGUCCCAGAGAUAGAAGAUGUUCUCCUAGCCCCCCAAU